UGACGAUGUUGUUUCCGGAAGUGACGUACCCCACUGCAAAUUAAAUGGCAGCCUACACAUUUACCACGCUUGUCUUGUAAAAAGAAAAAAGCUGCUUUUUGGUCGUACUUUUCUCUCUACUGACCGGCAGAGACCAUCUGGAAACAUGUCCGGCCGACACAACAACAAGCUGCCCAACAAUCUGCCACAACUGCAGAAUCUCAUCAAAAGAGACCCGCAGUCAUACGUGGAGGAGUUUCUCCAGCAGUACCGACACUACCAGUCCAAUGUGCAGAUCUUCAAACUGCAGCCCGACAAGCCCAACAAGGAGCUGGCUGAUCUGGUCCUGUUUCUCGCUCAGGUGGCCCACUGCUACCUGCAGCACCUGUCCACCUUUCCACAAGAGCUGUCUGGGUUAUUAAUGAGUCACCACACAAUGAUAGAGCCAGACCUAAGAAUGACUUUAUGCAAAGCGCUGAUUCUUUUGAGAAAUAAAAAUCUGAUCGACCCAACUGGCCUCCUGGAGCUCUUCUUUGAGCUGCUGCGAUGUCACGACAAACUUCUCAGAAAGACACUGUACACACACAUUGUAUCGGAUAUCAAAAACAUCAAUGCCAAGCACAAAAAUAACAAAGUGAACACAACGUUACAGAACUUCAUGUACACAAUGCUGAGGGACAGUAAUCCCUUAGCAGCAAAGAUCUCUUUAGAUGUAAUGGUGGAGCUUUACAAAAGGAACAUAUGGAAUGAUGCCAAAACAGUUAAUGUCAUAACAACAGCGUGCUUCUCCAAGGUUACAAAGAUCGUUGUUGCCGGUCUUAAAUUCUUUCUGGGCAAAGAUGAAGAUGAGAAAAAUGACAGUGACUCAGACUCAGAGGCAAAGGGACCAACAGUCCGAGACCUGAAGGUGCGAUACUCCACGGGCAAGAAAACCUCCAAAAACAAGAAGAAAAUGGAAAAGGCGAUGAAAGUCCUCAAGAAACACAAGAAAAAGAGGAAGGUAGAAGUGUUCAACUUCUCUGCUAUUCACCUCAUUCAUGAUCCUCAAGAUUUCUCUGAGAAACUCUUGAAGCAGUUGGAAGGCUCUAAAGAGCGCUUCGAGGUGAAGAUGAUGAUGAUGGAGUUCAUAUCCAGACUGGUUGGAAUCCAUGAGCUCUUCCUCUUCAAUUUCUAUCCCUUUGUUCAGAGGUUUCUGCAGCCCCAUCAAAGAGAGGUGACAAAGAUUCUCCUGUGUGCUGCCCAGGCUUCCCAUCAACUCGUCCCACCAGAGGUCAUCGAACCUGUAAUCAUGACCAUCGCCAACAACUUUGUGACAGACAGAAACUCUGGGGAGGUGAUGACUGUGGGUAUCAAUGCCAUCAAAGAAGUGACGGCCCGCUGUCCGCUAGCCCUCAAUGAAGACCUGCUGCAGGACCUGGCUCAGUACAAGAUCUACAAAGACAAGAAUGUGAUGAUGUCUGCCAAAGGACUGAUCCAGCUGUUCAGGAGUCUUAAUCCACAGAUGCUGCACAAGAGGGACAGGGGGAGACCCACAGAAGCGUCAAAAGAGACCAAGAUCAUGGACUACGGAGAGCUGGAGGCUAAAGAUUACAUCCCUGGAGCCGAAGUCCUGGAGGUGGAGGAGGGGAUCAAAGAGGGAGGUGAAGACGACGGUGAUGGCUGGGAGAGCGCCAGUAUCAGUGAUGGUGAUGAAGAUGGGGAGUGGGUGGACGUCCACCACUCGGCUGAUGAAGGCACAGAAAUGUCGGAGGAGCUUAAGAAUAUGCCGGUCGAGGAAAGAAAAGCCAAAGCAGCGGCGGUCAGCGGCAGCAGGCUCCUCACUCAAGAUGAUUUCAAGAAGAUCCGCCUGGUCCAGCUGGCCAAGGAGGUCAACGCUGCACCGGGCCAGAAGAGGAAAGCUGUGGACAUCGACGAUGAGGACAACAACAGAGGGGAGAUCCUGACCUUAAAGCAUAUUGAGAAACUGCAUAAGAAACCAAAGGAGGACAAGGAAACGCGCCUGGCAACAGCAAUGGCGGGCCGACCCGACCGGAAGGACUUUGUCAAGAAGCAUACCAAGCUGAACCCACACGCCAGCACCAGCAACAAGGAGAAGAGGAAGACGAAGAACUUCAUGAUGAUGAGACACAGUCAGAAUGUCCGAACAAAAGGCAAACGCUCCUUCAGAGACAAACAGAUUGCUCUACGGGAUGCACUCCUGAAAAGGAAGAAGCAGUACAAGUAGGACACACGGAGAUAAUGUUGUAUUGCUUCGUGGUGGCCAUUUGAUGGCCACCACAGAAAAAGGCAAAUAAUUCUGUACAUCUUUCAAGUAGCAUGCAAAACAUGAUAAGUUUAUUAAUGUUAUUUUCAGCGGAUGAACUGCAAACAUUUACACUGCUUUGAAAUAAAAAACAUUUUGAUAA